AUGACCCUGUUCUCCUUCCUCACUCUUGGCUACCUCACAGCCCUCACCUUUCUUCUGAGAUUUGCCGGAUUCAUAUCCUCAUACCUCAUUCCCUCAAAGCUACCUCGCUAUCUCCACCCAGGCUCCUGGGCCAUCGUCACAGGCUCGACGUCUGGACUCGGCCUCGCGCUAGCCACCGCACUCUGCUCACGCGGCUUCAACGUCCUACUUCACGGCCGUGAUCCCGAGAAGCUGCAGCGAGUAUUCCCGGAUCGGGAAUGCGAGAUUUUGCUUCUCGAUGCGGCGUCGUGUUUUUCGCCUGAAAGCUAUGAAUCGUCUCAAACAAAAAUCCACGACGCUGUAACCGGUAAAAACGUCUCGCUCCUCAUCAACAACGUAGGAAUAGGCCACUCCAUCCCACUUGGAAAUUUUAGACCUCUGGAAUCUCACACCCCGGCAUCCAUCAACGUCUUACUAAAUGCAAACAUAACAUUUAUGACACAUCUAACCUACCUCCUCCUCCCCACCUUUUCCUCUGCCACUCCCUCACUAAUCCUCAACAUCGGCUCCGUCGCCGAGCUCGCCAUGCCCUAUCUCACAGUCUACUCUGCAACCAAAUCAUAUAUGUCAACCUUCUCUAAAGCGCUAGAUGCGGAAAUGAGAGCAGAGGGGAAGGGAGUUAGGGUAGAGUGUAUGGUUUUGGGAGAUGUGGAUACGCCGGUGCAUCCUAUGGAGAGGAGUUUGAGUGUGUUGAGUGCGGAGGAGGCCGCAGGUUGGGUUUUGGAGAGAGCUGGGGGAAUAGGGAUGUGGGGAGGGGAGAAUAUAGGGGCUCCGUAUUGGUUCCAUGGGGUGUUGUGGUGGGCUUGUAGGGCGCAGCCGUGGUGGGCGUUGAGGGCGGGGAUUACGGCGAAUUUGAGGGAGAAGGUUAGGAAGGAUAAGUAA